CCAGCGAUCCAACGCCGGCGGCGACCGAUGGACCAGUUCCACGACAGGCAGCACGUGCGGCUGCGGAGCCGCGUGCUCGGCACGUACCUGCACGCCGACCACGACGGGGAGCGGGUCUCCCUCAGCCGGCGCCGUGACUCGCUGAACACGGCGUGGGUGGCGCACAUCCACCAACGCGCCGACGGCCCGUACCUGCUCCUCCACAGCGCCGCCUACGGCCGCUACCUCGGCACCACGUUCAAGCCGGCGCCGCUCGGCCACCACGGCUGCCGCACCGAGCAGCGCGACUACGACGACGAGCCGGACUUGAUGGCCGUCAUGUGGAAGGCCGCCGGGGCGGGCUUCGAUGACGUCGUCCUGCUCCGCAACGCCGCCGGCCGCUACCUCUCCUGGAACACCGGCGUCACCGUCGACAACAUAGGCAACAUCAGCGCCAUGAUGUACUGGACCGUUGAGCACAUCCCCGCCAGAGAGGGUCCGCCUGGCCCGAUCCACACCCCCAGCCCCGGAUACCACUCUCUCAUGCUCUGGCGCAACCCGGUGGUGUCACGGCUGAUCCGGUUCAUGCUGUCCGAUCCCCACGGCCCCAUCUACACCCAGCACUGCUGGACCACGCUGCGGUUCAGGGGGAGGUCCGUGUUCCACCUGAGGGACGAGCUGGCCAGGCGCAUCGCCUUCGUCCUGGACGGGCGUCAGUCCUGCGACCUCGUAAUGUGCGUCCGAGCGGGCCGCCGGGGGCGUCUGACCCCACUCGUCGUCGACCUGCCCAGCAGCGGCUAUGGCGAGACCCUCUGGAUUGUCGUCUUCAUGUCCGGGACCCCAGGUUCUGUCCUGUUGGUCUUGUUUGUUUCAGUAAAUUUGGAUGAGCUGGCCAGGCGCAUCGCCUUCGUCCUGGACGGGCGUCAGUCCUGCGACCUCGUAAUUCUGUGCACACAUGGCAAAACGUGGUCUGAAGCUAGUAGAAACUGCUGGUUCCACAUUGCUGUUCUUGAUUCAGAUAAUUCAGUUUGUCCAUUUCGGUUUGACCUAUUGAUCUUGUUUGUUUCAGUAAAUCUGGGCGAACUGGCCAGGCGCAUCGCCUUCGUCCUGGACAGGCGUCAGUCCUUCGACCUCGUAAUGUGUGUCCGAGCGGGCUGCCAGGGGCGUCUGACCCCACUCAUCGUCGACCUGCCCAGCAGCGGCUACGGAGAGACCCUCUGGAUUGUCGUCUUCAUGUCCGGGACCCCAGAUUUUGUUGUAGAUGCUAUUUGCUGCAUGGCCAUGAUCUUGUAG